AUGGCCUGGGCUCGAUCUCAAGAUCCCAUCGUCACCGUCGUCUACAGCUACUGCCCCGCGGUUUUGCCCGCUGGUCGCCCGGCACCCCUCGCCGGAGCCUCCAUGGACGCCAAGCCGCCAAGCCUCCCGAGCUCCUCGACCACAGCAUCGCACGCCCGAACCCUGCGCUUGUCCUCGCAACCAGCUGCGUCGCCGAAGACCACCGUCAGCAGGAACCCCGCCGUGGAUGCAAACUUCAAGCCACCACUGCUGCCACUCGAGAGCCAUGCGCCAAAUUCCCGCGCCGUCGGAGCCCGGCUUCGCACCAUCUUCCUGUCGAUCGCGAACUUGCGCUCGAGUUUUUCCUCUGCGGGCGCCGUCUGCAUCACCCCUCGCUUCCCCCGCUCGCCCGACCGCGUGCGUUGACCACGCCCUGCUGCGUCUCGCCUCGAUCUGGAGUUGGCCCAGCACCGCGCCCGUCAACCUCCAGAUCCAUCGGGUGGGCCACACCGCUGCAGGCCCAGCGGCGCCAUAUCCGCCAGCCCAAGCCGGCCUGCUGCACUGACCGGGCCAGGCCCAUGGUGAGCGCCCCAGCGCCCAGCAGUUUCGCCCCGUGUCUUGUUUUUUUAGAUCUGCGUUUCAGCUUUUUCCAGAGUUUGUCAGUUUUACAAAAAAUCCCUUGAACUUCAUGCAUAUCUUAAUUCACAAACUAAGCAUCACAUGUAAAAACUUUAUAUAUGAAAAUGCUUAAAAUUGUGUCUAGUUUCAUAAUAUGUGACUUUCACCCAUGUUUAAAAUGUUUAAAUUGCUGUUUUUGUAGAUUUACUCUUAUGCCAUGUUAAAAUGCUUUAAUUCAUAACUUAAUAACCGUAGCUCCAAACCUAACAAAAUUUAUAUGUAAAUUGGGUAGAAAAAU